AUGUCGGCUCGCUUUCCAUACCUUGGCGGGGUCGUGAUGACCGUGACCGCCGUUUUCUACAUGAUCUUGAAGGGACCUCUGCCGGAGGCAUGGGUGCCCGGCGACAUUGGUGAAUACUGCAACGCUGCGCGCAACUUUGUACAGAUGCUAACACCUUUGGAGCCCUACCAAAUUCGAUACCAAAACCUCACAACCCAGGAUGUCUGCAGGGAGGCUGCGAAACACUCGCGGCCAGGGGACGACCAUCAACCUGUACUUGACGAACACGAGCCCUGGGGUUGCCUGAGUGAAGAAGAUGAUGCCCGACACACAGAAGGGAAUAUUGGUGGCCCUCGCCAUGAAGUACACGACUACCAGGCGGGGCCGGGGACGAUGCGGAGCACACGUUCCCGGGCAAGCGAGGGCAUUGAGGUGAGUGGAGGUGAAGAACAGGGUGCUCUAGAAUGCCAAGACGAACCCGUCGAAAAGGAGAAGGCUCGCCCGGCAAUGGUGAAGAUGGCGAGGGCGAUGGACUAUGCGCGGGGAGAGAAGAGGGGCGUGACCACCCUGGACUUUCAGGGGGAGAACCACACGGAUGUUGUGUAUGCCCGGGUGAAGACGCACUUCUUGACCUCCGACCUCGAGCUGACCACCGCAGGGGUCUUCCACAGCCCUCCAACGUCUGGAAAUGAACCGGACAGCACGGAUGCUGCCAUCGAGAGGUGGGUUGAACUCCUGGGAUUCUUGGACACGACCGGGGGAAGCCUGCCCACCAUGGUGCCAGAGGAUGUCCAACACUCGGUGGUGACGGCCAUUGGAAGAAUGGGCGACCGUGCCAGAGGAUUGAUGCUGCGGAGCCUCCCUCAAUGCCUCAACCUCAUCCAGGACGAGCUGACCCAGCUCAUCAACCAGGUACAGAGCCUGACGGAAGAGGACCCGCUACCCACCCCGGAGCCGGGGGAGGAGGAGAUGUGCCGACAACCAAUGAAUGCCCGUGAAGUUGAUGAUAUGGUGGAGGUCGUCCUCGACCCUGAGGUUGUCGAGGAAAGUGAGGAAGAGCUUUGGAUGCAGGUGUAUACCCGACAGCACCGCAAACAAGGGGGAGAAGAUCGUGCCAAGGAUCUGGAAGACCUCUGUUUCAUGCAGCACCCGCCUCCACGUACCAAGACGGCGCCGAUGGAUGAGCCGGCCUGGUGCUCCACCGCCAGGGCUGGGCUACGGUUCCUCAUGCAGCAAGGCAGGGGGGAUAUGGCGAUUCGGCGGCUAAGGGAUCUGCUGAGGAGGUGUCCGGAUGAUGGGGUCAGGGAUCGUGCACUACGAGAACUACCAGCCGUCCUACGAGUGCGCAAAGAGCCGGAGGCGAGUGAGGGGGAGACCAAACCGGUCGCAUGUGAGGAAUGGACAGACGCGAUCUUCAGGCAGCUGGGAGGUGACCUCCACAACUUGGACCCCGAUCCACCGGAGACGACAGUGACCUCCAGCGAGGCCGGGCCCAGCGCAAGCUCCGGGGACAGACCGCGCCUCCCCUUCGAGAUAUUUCACGCGGCGCACAUCUGGCCCAAUGGAUCGUAUUCGACCCGUGAUGAUUUGGUGCGGGCGGGAAGAUGGGACUUACUGCACGAGCCACCUCCUUCGGGGGGGAAUAUGGUCAUGGUUGACUCCCAUGGGACACCGGCGGCUAGGCAGUCGAGCCACCAGCGACAGGGGCACGAGGAGCAGGAGGAAGCCACAUCCCUGAUGUCGGUUGGUCCACUGUGGCUAGCGCUGCCGACAGUGGCCCGGGGGUUUGACGAACCCUGGCAGGGGGAGACCUCUCCAAACUGGUGGUGGGAGGCUGUGGACGACUUGAGGGACUUGAUGGACAGAGGCGCCGACGAGUACGACCUUGCCCAUCGACUGGAGGACUCACUCCGAGCAGAAGGGGACGAGAGGAUGACAGAGGACAACCUCAUCUACACGAACGGGCUGAUUCGAGCCAUGUGGCUUCAUCAAGAGCACGUCAGCCCGCCCCUGCACAACUGGCGAGGAACUCCGGGCGAGGUAGAGGUAACUGAACUCCUGAGGACAAUCCUGAAACGGAUCAAGGACCACUGGUACUGGCAAAUCUGCCCAAUUGCGAUGGAGCACAGGGCGGAAGAAGCUGAGCUGGACCAGUCGCGGUCCCCCCAACGACGCGGACCAGCUCUUUGGUUUCCGCCGCCCGCACAGGAGGAGACGGCCCUCAUGCAGACGAGCCUCACCAAGCUCAUGGGCGAGUGCGAGGCACUCCUGGCCAGCUACGUCGACGGUGAACUCCUCCAAGAAGCACCCAGAGGGGAUGAUCUCGACUUCGUGGAGGCGUGGUGGGCAGACCUCCGAGCAGCUCUCGACCAUGAUGUGGGGCAAGAGCAAACCCAGCUGGAUGCCAUGACGGCAGCGGCGAGCGCAGAGUCUCCUCCCAAUCCUCCCUCACUGGAGCAGGACCGCGCAAAACAAGAAGAGGAGCAUGAACGUGAGGAAGAGGAGCAGAUGGAGCUCGACCGCCAAAGAUGGAACGAUUACAUGGACGAAAAGGAAGCGGAGAACGAGGCGAACCAGGUGUUGGAACAAAAGAAGAGCAAGGCCUGCCAAGAGUGGGAUGACUGGGCAAUGUGGGAUGCCCUCCACGCAGCUCCCCCUCUACGCCGGCGACGCAUUGAGGUGACCGUGACCCCCAGGAACAGUCAGGCUGCCUCUUCGAGCGACUGUCCCACUCCUGCUGUGGCUCACAUGAACGUCGACUGGGACCCGUCGUGGGGGUUGGACAUACGGGUCCAAGUGGCACCUGAAGGCACGUCGAGGACCUCACGACCUCAACCUCCAGCUCGAGACCCACCGAUACCUGCAGUUUUGCCGGAAGGAAGUGUGGCAAUGCAGGCGCAGGCGGAGGCGACGGGCAGCAAUGAGGAGGUGCACGAAAGGGGACAACAUAGCAGCAAUAUGGACCUACGAGAAACUGUGCCCUGGGGAGGUACAGAGGUAAACGACUCCCUAAACGAGGUGGAGCUUGCAGGUUGCGAGGCCUUUGCAGCUGACUUGGCGAAGGAGUUUGAGUCGAAGGAGGCCGAGGAGUACGAGCAGAUGACGGAGUUGGAGAAGUUCAAGCUGCAACGACGUGAGGAGGAGGGAGACCGAGUGCUAUGGGAGGAAAAUGAACGGCGAAAAGCAUGGGAAGCGGAGUUGGUGAAGCGGGCAGAGCAGCAGUUCGAGACAUGGCAGAAGACGGAACAGAAGGGGGAGACUGCUGGCUGA